CUCUCUACCCCAGUACCCCCCCUUCUCUCUCUGCAAUGCCAGCAGCGGCACAAUCAUGACGGUCCAUUAUUGUUCUUGGGUGUUGAUCCCGCGCGAGAAGAUCCACCUCUGCUUCGGCAAUGGCGGAGAACCCGGAUGGUGUUCUGGACAAAUGUUGCUCCAAGGAGUACUACCCGAGCCCGGAAGGCGACUUCGGGCCCGGCGGCACCGAGAUGGCGGGCGCGAAGAAGGUGAAUUUGAGGGUCGAGAUUGAUACUUCGCCGCCGUUCGGGUCGGUGAAGGAGGCGGUGACCCAUUUCGAAGGAAGUGGAUCUUGGUUCUCGCUCCACGGCCUUGGACUUAGACAUUCUUAUCUUCAGGGAAUUGGAGGAGUUGACUUAAAGAAAGUGGAAGAACAGACACUAGAAUUGGAGAAGAAUCUGAUUGUGAAAGAACUGGAAACGCUUGAUGUAUUAGAAGAACUGGGAACAACCAAAAGGAUUGUGGAAGAUUUGAAGUGGCAGCUCCAGCAUGAAGCGCUGAAAUCCAUGACAGUCCCCGAACCACAAGAACGGAUGCCAACUCCUAUGAAUGAGGACAUAAAAAAGGAAAAUCAUAAGUAUAUUCUGAGCAAUCACGAGCAAGCCGUGGGAACUUCCAGCCUGUGCCCUUCUCCAUCUCCUGAUUUGAUCCUGAUGGAGUUGAAUCAAGCGAAGUUGAACCUGGGUAAAACCAUACAUGAGCUUGGUCUGAUUCAAACAUCCGUUGAGUCUCUCAAUAAGAAAAUAAAGAAAGAGAAAGCCUCGCUUGAGAAAACCCGCCAGAGGCUGACAUCAAAGCCCGCAGGCGCAUCAUAUCUGAAGGAAGAACCAGAACGGCAAAGGACGAAGCCGCUAUUGGUGGACGAUUCUGACCUCUUUGGGAACUGCAAAAAUAUCAUGGAAUUACUUCCAGAUGGGAAUUACAGGCCUGAGCAAUAUAGCGAGGUCGAUGAAGCUAGAAACUUUGGAGUAUCUAGAGCUGUUCCGUCAGUCCAGCAGAUGAAUGCUAGCAAGAAGACUGCUGAGAUGAGAUUAAUUGCAGCCAGGAAGAUGGAGGAAGCAGCUAGGGCUGCAGAGGCAGUUGCACUUGCUGAGAUAAAGGCUUUAUCAACCAAUGAAGAGUCAUUUCAGUUCCUCCUUCCUGAGCCAGAUAAUGCAAUCUCAUUCUUGGAAAGGUCAUCCCCAUCUCCUUUCAACUCUAAGACUCAGAAUGGAGUGAAGGCGCAAAAGAAAAAUAUAGGAGAGGCCCUGUCCCAAAAUGAUGUGGCCAAUACUCCUAAGGUUUCUAUUCUAAAGAAGUUAGAGGAUGCAACAGAAGAAGUCAAAUUCAGUCAGCAAGCCCUGGAAGAGGCUCUAAACAGAGUGGAGAUUGCAAAUAAGAAGCAACUCGCAGCUGGUGAGGCCUUGCGCAAAUGGACACCGAAGCAUGAUCACAGGGGAGCGGGACCUGCUAAGAGAGUGAAUCUCUCCAAUCCAUCUGAUCAUCCACUAAAUUCACCGCUCAUAGAUAUGCGCAGGCCGGAUCUUGCUGAUGAGGAACAGAAACCUGUUUUGAGGCCCACGGUUUCGAUGCGGGACGUGCUGAGCAGGAAGCAAGCGCUGCCAGAAGAAUUUGUAGCAAGAAGACAGACCGAAGGUCGACGGGUUGCUCUAAGUCAGAUGCUUAAUGAACUGAGAGAAGAUCUAACGUUCCCAGCCAAGGCUGAAGGGAACCGUCAAAAGCAGUUCCUAGCGCAGCGCAAGAAGUUCGGUUUCAUACACAUCUCGCUGCCCUUGACAAAACACAAUAAGAAAAACGUGCAACCUUCGGACUUAUGAUGAUUUUCUUAGUUGGUCCAUAGAUUCUGCUCUCUGCUCCGUGUGUUCUAGUGUGCAAUUGUCCUCCUUCUGGACGCAUGGUCCUUUGCCAUGUUUGUUAGUGUUGAUUGUUUGAAUCCGGGGUCUUGAUUCGUCAUUCGGAUUUCUUGAAUGUGUUGGGAUGAUUUUUCAUUGAUGUGUUGGGCUUUCAGAGAGGACUGCAUAUAGUGUGUAAUCUUAUUAUCAGAUUCAGUAUAGUGAAGAUUAAGCUUUAUUAA